AUGAGGAUUCGGAUCAGGGGCCCUUCUGGCAAAUCCAGCACAGUCAGUCUGGAUGAUUUCGCCACGGUCGAGACACUCCGAAAGACCAUCAUAGCCGAAACAUCGUUAUCUUCAUUCGAGGUCAAAUAUGGCUAUCCACCAAAAACACUGUCGCUCGAUCAACUGCCAUCUUCAAACCUUCUUUCAGAGCUUGACAUCAAACUGAAUGGCGAACAGCUGAUCGUUAAUGAAGUCAAACCACCAACCGAGAAGAGUGACACUCAGCCGACGUCCUCGGAUCCAGUCAAAGGCGCGCUGAGAGCAGCUGAUUCUUCAAGACAACACAGCGCUGCACCCACAGCCCUCCCUGGCACGUCGAAACCAGGACCGAAGCCCCAAGUAGCCUCGGCAGCGCCGCUGUCGCUCUCGCGAAAGGAAAACUCCGAAAUGGCAGAUCCACCCGAAAUCUGGUGUCCGGACCUCCAAGGCACCUUGGUCCUACGCAUCAUGCCAGACGACAAUUCAUGUCUUUUUCGAGCUGUUGCCAGCGCUGUCCUGUCAGAUAUGGAUGCGGUCACGGAAUUACGGUCGAUAAUCGCCCAGAGCAUUCAAGCCAAUCGCGAAAAGUACACAAAGGCUAUCUUGGACAACAAAGAACCAGACGCAUAUUGCCGAUGGAUCCAGACCGAGGAUGCUUGGGGCGGCCAAAUUGAGCUUGACAUCCUCAGCCAGCAAUUCGAUAUCGAAAUCUGCAGCAUUGAUGUGCAGACCUUGCGUGUGGAUAGGUACAACGAAGAUGCCAAAAGCCGCUGCUUCAUUGUAUAUUCUGGCAUCCAUUAUGAUACAAUCGCUCUAAGCGUACAAGGCGAAUCGCCGGAAGCAGAUGUCAAGCAGUUCGUCCAGCCACUUUCUGACGAAGUCCUUCCACAUGCCAUCGCCUUAUGUCGGAAACUACAGGCCAAACACUAUUACACCGACACUGCUGGGUUCAGGCUCAGAUGUAACGAUUGCGGAGCGACAUGUAUUGGAGAGGCUGGGGCUAUGAAACACGCAGAACAGACAGGGCAUAUGAACUUUGGAGAAUCUUCUUAG